CCUUUGAUCACAUCUCCAUGACGUUUGCACACAGCAAUAAAAUCUGAACCCCACGCACACCACCAGCGUCACCGCGCCACCUUGCGAAGACAUAUAUAGCCAGCAAACGUUUUCACGUUGCCUCCCUCUUCUCCAACACAAAGAAGAAAGACUUCUCGGUACUUAUACCCAUUCGAACUUGCCCUUACUGCAGCACUACUACCCUACGUUUUUAUCACCAUGUCCCAGCCCGAAGCCCAGACCAAGAACCGCGAAGAAGACCAGACCGAAACUCCUCAGGAGGAAAAGACCUCUGGCAACGACGCUCCCUCCGAAUCCCCCUCCGACGACAAGCCUGAAGAGUCUGAAGACAAGUCUGACGACAAGCCUCAACAACAACAACAACAGUCUGGCGAGGAGGGCGGUUCCCCCGUGGACGCUGCUACCAAGCCCGUCGAGCAGACUGCCGACACUGCCCAGGACGUCGCCAAGGGCGCCACCGACCAGAUUGGUAACGUUGCCGAGACCGCUUCUGGCUUGACCGAGGGCGCCACCGAGCCCGUUGGCCAGGUCGCCGACACUGCCCAAGGUUUGACCAAGGGCGCUACCGAGCCUGUCAACCAGGUCGCCGACACUGCCAAGGGUACCCUCGGCAACGUUGGCAAGUCCCUCGGCGGUGUCACCGGCGGUGGUGGUGGUGGAGAUGAGAAGAAGGGAGACCAGGCUUUGGGACCUUUGAAGAGCAGGAGAAAGCCUUUGGCCAACGAGCUUGCCGACACGCCCCCCGAGCAGCAGCCUGGUGGUGGAAAGAAGGACGAGGAGAAGGGGUCGCUUAGGAUCAACAUCUCGCUGGAUCUGGAUGUCGAGGUGCAUCUGACGGCGAGGGUGAAGGGUGACAUUACGAUUGGUCUUCUAUAAGCUACGUGAAGGGGGAAUGAUCUUGGAAUGAUCUUGGAAAGAAGUUUACUGUAUCGUUUAGAACCACCAAAUUAGUUGUGUAUAGAUUUUGUUAUUAGAGCUCCAUGAACAAUCUAAUCGUCUUGCCUCUUGCCGCAUUUGUUGUUCUUUGUUGUGUCCAUUGCCGCAUUUGUUGGUGCAAAAUUUGACAAGGCCUUACGAUAAAAG